AUAUAUUCCCCUGUCACCGCAAGCUCAAGCAGAGGAAAAUUAGAAGCGAGAGCAAGAGGGAGAGAUACAGGGCAAGCUGAAAAUGGAUGCUAGAGUUUUCAGAUUGGAAAACCCCCUUUUCCACGCACUGCAAAGUUUGGUAGAUCUGCCGGAAGAAAUGGAGAAGGCCUUCAACGCUCCGACGAAGAAGUAUGUUCGAGACGCGCGGGCGAUUGCUUCCACGCCGGCUGACGUGAGGGAGAAGCCGACGGCCUACGAGUUCAUCCUAGAUAUGCCUGGAGUGAAAUCUGGCGAUAUAAAGGUUCAGGUAGAGGAAGGUAACGUGCUCGCCAUUACAGGUGAGCGGCGCCGGGAGGCCGAAGACGGCGUAAGUUACCUUCGAUUGGAACGACGGGUAGGGGAAUUUCUGCGCAAGUUCUCUCUACCGGAUGACUCCAAUCUCGAAGCCAUAACGGCUGUCAGCCGUGAUGGUGUUCUGACGGUUACCGUGCAGAAGCUGCCGCCGCCCGAGCCUAAGAAGCCCAAGACAAUCGAGGUCAAGAUUGCGUGAAUUGAUUUAGUUCAUCUGAAUUUUUAGGGUUUGCUUUACUGUCUUUGCAAAGUGUGUUGGGGUUGUGUCUAGGGAUUGGUCUGAGAUUGAAUCUUUGUGAUCUGCUUUGUUUCCAAUCGCUUUUUAAUUGCUUAUGAUACUGUUACUAAA